UUGUCUAAUAUGAACUGUUCCAACUAUACCGUUCAACUUCGUAAAGAUAUUAUCUGUCAUAUUGUACUAUUUUGUUUUGCUGCAGUCGGUAAUGUUGGAAUGCUUCUCAUUAUUUAUCGCAAUUUAUGCAUAAAACAUACUCUUCGAGUAUUUAUUUUAUUAUUACAUAUGAAUAUUGCUGAUCUUAUAGUAACAUUUGAAUACUUACCUAAACAAAUAUUACACUCAAUUACCAAGUAUUGGUAUGGUGGCAUUGUUUUGUGUAAAAUUACACGAUUCUUCGAUAUAUUCGGUGUUUCAUUAUCAUCGGCAGUUCUGGUUUGCAUGUGCGUUGACCGAUGGCUCUCUGUUUCCAGGCCAUUUUCUGUAUUUAAUGGUAUUGAACGAAAUAAAAUAAUGUUAUUUUUUGCAUGGUCUACUGCCUUUCUUAUCAGUUUACCUCAAGUAGGCAUAUUCACAGUAGCAUCGCACCCAUGCAAUGAAAAAUUAACGCAGUGUGUUGCGCGUGAUUACGUGGGUCUUCUUGAUUCCCGUUAUGUUCUAGCGUAUACAAUCGCAACUGCUUUAUAUAUAUAUUUUUUGCCACUUUGUGUUAUUGUUUGUUGCUACUGUCGAAUUCAUUACACAUUUAAAACAUUAAAUUAUUCAGGUGAAUCAAGCUUAUAUAAUAAUAGUAGAAUAAACUUGGCCAAGUCUUACACUCUAAAACUUCGAAAAGCGAAAAUGAAAAUUAUUCGAAUGACAUGGAGUAUUGUAACAUUUUUUUUACUAUGCUGGACUCCAUAUUAUGCUGCAGCUACUUUGCAUUUUAUUGACACGGGUCGAUCGCAAAAAAACAUUGUGAUUCCAUCGAUAAUAGUGAAAAUUUUGUAUAUGUUUGCAACAACGAAUAGCUCAUUUAAUGCAUACGUCUACGGUUAUUUCACGUUUAAUAUCAAAAGUGAAUUACAAAGUUUGCCGACGUUUUUAUCUACAAAAUUUGCAUUUAGAAGAAGAAAAGUCGAGAAGGAAUUAAUACGUAGAAAAAGACUUAUUGUUAAAGAUACUUACUGUAUGAGUAGAUUAAAAUAA